CGGUGCCCAUCUGGGGAGGGAGCAGGCGGAGGGGGUAAGCUGCGAUUACCAGCAGGAACCGGCAGCAGCUGCACACAGACCAGGCUUCGGAAUUCUCUGUCAGCCCUCUCCACCUGCGCCUGGCCCUCUCCCAGAGCCCCCUUCCCCUCUGUGUACCCUCAGACCCUCAGCCGAUGACCUCCUGUGGGUCCCAGGAGGCCCAGGGCGGGCCGUGGCCCAGGCCCUUGCCAUGGAGUCCAUGUUUGAGGAUGACAUCAGCAUCCUGACCCAGGAGGCCCUGGGGCCCAGUGAAGUGUGGCUGGAUGCCCCUGGAGACCCCUCGCUGGGGGGGGACAUGUGCUCCGCCUCCCACUUUGCCCUGAUCACAGCCUAUGGAGACAUCAAAGAGCGGCUGGGGGGCCUGGAGAGGGAGAAUGCCACCCUCCGCCGCCGCCUCAAAGUCUACGAGAUUAAGUACCCACUGAUCAAUGACUUUGGAGAGGAGCACGGCUUCUCUUUGUAUGAAAUCAAGGAUGGCUCCCUGCUGGAGGUGGAGAAAGUCAGCCUGCAGCAACGGCUCAACCAGUUCCAGCACGAGUUGCAGAAGAAUAAGGAGCAGGAAGAACAGCUCGGGGAGAUGAUCCAGGCUUACGAGAAGCUCUGCGUGGAGAAGAGUGACCUGGAGACGGAGCUGGGGGAGAUGCGGGCCCUGGUGGAAACCCACCUGCGGCAGAUCUGUGGUUUGGAGCAGCAGCUGCGGCAGCAACAAGGCCUCCGGGAUGCAGCCUUCCCCAGCCUGAGCCCCCCACCUGCCCCUGCCCCGCCCUGUGCUGAUCUGGACCUGCACUACUUGGCACUAAGAGGCGGAUCUGGCUUGAGUCACGGCUGGCCAGGCCCCACGCCGAGUAUGAGUGAGCUGGAGCGGCGGCAGCUAGAAGAGGCUCUGGAGGCUGCCCAGGGAGAGGCCCGGGGGGCUCAGCUUCGGGAGGAGCAGCUCCAGGCCGAGUGUGAGCGGCUGCAGGGGGAGCUGAAGCAGCUGCAGGAGACCCGGGCCCAGGAUCUGGCCUCCAGCCAGUCAGAGCGUGACAUGGCGUGGGUGAAAAGAGUUGGGGAUGAUCAGGUGAAUUUGGCGCUGGCUUACACGGAGCUGACAGAGGAGCUGGGCCGGCUUCGGGAGUUGAGUUCCCUGCAGGGGAGGAUCUUGAGGACUCUGCUGCAGGAGCAGGCUCGGAGUGGCGGCCAGAGGCACUCGCCGCUGUUGCAACGCCACUCCCCGGCCCCCCAGUGUCCCUCGCACUCCCCGCCGGCCCGAGCGGCGCCCCACUGCCCCCCGUGCCAGUCCCCCGUCCCCCAGCGCCGCUCUCCCGGGCCCCCCUGCCCUUCGCCCCAGCAGCGCCGCUCGCCGGCCUCGCCCUCCUGCCCAUCGCCCGUCCCGCAGCGCCGCUCGCCGGUGCCGCCGCCGUGCCAGUCCCCCAGCCCGCAGUGCCGCUCCCCAGGGCCUCCCACCUGCCCGGCCCCGCAGCCCCGGCCCCCACCACCCCCGCAGCCCGGGGAGAGGACACUGGCCGAGCGAGCCUACGCCAAGCCGCCCAGCCACCACGUGAAGGCCGGCUUCCAGGGCCGGCGCAGCUACUCGGAGAUGGCGGAGGGCGCGGGCUACGCGGGCGCCUCCCCGCCCUGGCUGCAGGCUGAGGCGGCCACGCUGCCCAAGCCGCGGGCCUACGGCAGCGAGCUCUACGGCCCCGGCCGGCCCCUCAGCCCACGGCGCGCCUUCGAGGGCAUCCGCCUGCGCUUUGAGAAGCAGCCGUCGGAGGAGGAGGAGUGGGCCGUGCCCAUCAGCCCGCCCAGCCCGGAGGCUGGCGCCAUCCGCUGCGCCUCGUUCUGCGCGGGCUUCCCCAUCCCGGAGUCGCCCGCCGCCACCGCCUACACCCACGCCGAGCACGCGCAGUCCUGGCCGUCCAUCAACCUGCUGAUGGAGACAGUGGGCUCUGAUAUCCGCAGCUGCCCCCUCUGCCAACUGGGUUUCCCUGUCGGGUACCCCGAUGAUGCCCUCAUCAAACACAUUGACUCUCACCUGGAGAACAGCAAGAUCUAGGGUGCCUCCCACACCCACUGGCUGUUUCUCCACCUUCUCCCAUCACCCCCAAACACUCACUCACUUUGAAUGCUGCAUGAAUCUCGUAGGGGGCCCCUGCCCCUUGCGACCCCCAGAUACCUCCACUAGCUACCGAGUCAACGUGUGUGCCAUCUUCCCUGGUCCAGGCACCACUCAGCCCUGGCUUUUCCCAGGAGGUCAGCUGAGGCUCUCCCCAGCUCCCUGGCUUCUGCUGGGCAGGUGGGGAUCAGGGUUGGGGUGGGAAGGGGCAUAUCCCACCGAGCCUCUUCCUCUGCCUUUCUGUUUUCAAACGGUUGGAUCCAAGAAGGUGUCUAGUGCUUGGGCCUCGGGGAGGGGAGGCUAUCAGAAGACUCCAGGAGCUCCCCUAGCACCUCCCCAGAUGUCCAUCUUUCUCAGGCUGGGCUGUGUCCAGGGAAUGCCUCCCUGUGGGGUCUCAGAGCCUUCCCUGCACACUGACGCCAGUUUCUCCCUCCCACAGGCAGGUCGGGACUCGCGUUCCCUGCAGGCCAGCCCUGUUCUCUCCCUGUGCCCACCCUGGGGAACAGGGAGGGUGGGAGAGGAGAGGGAGGACCCUGGAGGAUUGGGAGCAUCCAGCCUAAAGGGGCUGCCCUGAGGCGCCAUGACCCUCAGGCUAGGGAACUACCUGUGCCAGCCUCCCAGGCCCAGGCCCUCCUCCUGGAGCCCCCAGCACCCAGGCACAGAUUGUUAAGGCAGAUGCUUCCCUGCACCCUGACCCCACUCAAGGUCCGACACCACAGGUGCCCUGGAGCCCGGGUGUGACUCAGCCUCUGUUAGCUGGGGGGGUGUCAUCAGCCCCGCCUCCCAGUCCAGAACCUGAGGAUGGGCCCAGGGUGCUGUGGAGAUCAACUUCAAAAGAGCUAACCCCCUUCCCACACCCCAGAGACCCACAUUCCCUCUGUGAAAUCUACCUCAGAGUCGAACCCUCAGAAGGACGGGUAAGCAGGAGGCCAGGGGGUCCCCAGGGCUGAGGUGUGGAGCUUGCUAUCGCAAGAGCCUGCCGCCCCACGAUGAGUCCGCCCCCCUCCACGGCAAGCCCCUCUCGGGUCCCAGCCCGGUGCGGGCAGUGGACGCCACUGUCAGCGCAUGUACCAUUCUGAUCCAACUCUUCCAGGUCCCCCACCUCCUCACACCCCUCCCCCCCCCUCCUCAGUGCAGGGGAGUGAGGGGGUGUGGGGGGCAGGGAAGGGGCUGAGGACUCCAGAGACACAUGGCCUUGUACCUUGAGUGUCCCCCCAGGAAGGGGAAAUGGGGAUGGGGGACUGGAGAGGGGAGUGGGGCCCCUGAGCUCUCUGAACAAGUUGAAAGUCCAAAUAAAACUUAC